GGCCGACUUCCGGUUGUCAGUGCAGCGGGUUGCGCUUUGGCGUACGGGAAGUCAUCGUCGACUGUCGAUUACUCUCAUCGAGGAUCCUGACAACUCGCACGCUUCGGAUUUCGUUUCCGGCGCCCAAAUACGUGCACAAUUCAUUUCAAAUGCAAAAAGGAUAAGGAAGCACGAGCUGGAGGAAAGUCGACAUUCGAAACGUCGCGUUUCCCGCGCGCUAGUGGUGGCUUUCUCUUUCCCCUGCCAUGCGCGUGCGCCGGCUUCUCAUUGGUCCGCGUCAUUGACGGCCGGAGAUCACGUGACGCCGCGCCGCUCGCGUCGCACUUCACCCUUCGCCGCGCUCAUUCGCGGUCCGGACGAGUAACGCGACGGACGGUGCGCGCAAAGUGAUCGUGCGGAGUCUCUCUUCUCCACCCGCUCUGCGUGGCAUCGCCGUUGGUGCCUCAGUGACAGCCGGUUGCCUGCAGCGCUCGUCGCUAACAGAUACCAGGCCUCAUCCGCUUAUCGAUCCGCCUCAAGGUUGCGCCGAUCGACUGAUCCGGAAUCGCUAGGAAGCGGAUAGUCGUCGCCAGUGUCUCGAGGAGCCGAGAGACGGGAAGGCAAGGCACUCGCUGAGGAAGAGGAAGGCUGUCGCCCGAUAUCUAGUCUCGUCGGGCACCCGACCAUCAGCCGGCGAUGCCUGCACCGACGUCAGCGGCGGGUGCGGCCGCCGAGGGCGGCCCGCCCCGCACCGAACUGCAGGAGUUACAGCUCAAGGCCGGUCAGACCACGGAUGAGUCUCUGGAGAGCACGAGGCGUAUGCUGGCACUAUGCGAGGAGAGCCACGAGGUCGGGAUGAAAUCCCUCGUAAUGCUGGACGAGCAAGGCGAACAGCUGGAUCGAAUCGAGGAGGGCAUGGACCAGAUUAACGCCGACAUGAGAGAGGCCGAGAAGAAUCUUACCGGAAUGGAAAAGUGCUGCGGCCUUUGCGUUCUUCCCUGUAACAAAGGCGCCAGUUUUAAGGAGGACGAGGGCACGUGGAAGGGCAACGACGACGGCAAGGUCGUGAACAACCAGCCCCAGCGGGUGAUGGACGACCGCAACGGCAUCGGGCCCCAGAGCGGCUACAUCGCCAAGAUCACGAACGAUGCGCGGGAGGGGGAGAUGGAGGAGAACAUGGGCCAGGUGAACACGAUGAUCGGCAACCUGAGGAACAUGGCGAUCGACAUGGGCAGCGAGCUCGAGAAUCAGAACCGGCAGAUCGACAGGAUUAAUCGCAAGGGCGAGUCGAACGAAACGAGGAUAGCCGUGGCGAACCAACGUGCGCACGCCCUGCUCAAGUAAAAUGCGUCUCUUCUCUCUGUCUCCACGUAUCCGCCUCCUCCGAGCCCCAAGUUGCAUAUCACGAUGAGAUGUCGUCUCGAACGAAAGAAAAAAAAAAAGAAGGGAAAAAUUAUACAUAUUGUGUACUAUACAUAUUUAGAGACCUGACACACACGAUCAUGGGACUGGGAUUAUUCUGGAUGCGAGGGAGGGAAGGGGGAGCGAAAUUGUUAUAAAUAUCAAAUUGAGCAUUUAAAUUAAAGAAAGAUACGCGUAAUUUAAUUGCUACAAAUUACAUUGUUCGAAAUUAUUCAAUAAUAUUAAUUGUGUUAAAUGUGUUAAUUAUAUCUCCAACACGAAUUAUUGCGUGUUACCAUUUGAAAAUUAUGACGCGAUGUUACCUCCAAAUGUAAUAUUCAUUUAUGAAAAUGAUCGAGAUGCACGAAUGGUUCGAGUUUUAUUCGAAUAUAUAACGUUUACAGUCGCUGAAACGUUAAAAUGUCAGAUUGCACGAAUAUUCCCAGUUCUGCAAAUAAUCUCCCCUGUCCCCCAACCAUCUCCCCUUCUGCUGUCUUCUUGUCGUCGCUCGGAUACCAAUCCCGCGUGUUGUCUCCACAAUCCGAUCUGCAAAAACAACCUGUGCAACAACGAAAAAAAAAAUUAUCGCUAUCAAUAAUCACGCCACUUCUACUAGUCAUUACUACUAGUCAUUACCAGGCUUUUGUCAAGAUACAACGACGAUAUACAGUGAAUAUCCGCUCGAUAAUCAUGGUAUACAAUGCUUUCGGAAGAAAAUGCUCUACUUGAGAUGUUUAAAGCGCGAGAUCGCGUAAUAAAAUUAUCAUCUUUAUCUACAUUUUUGAAAGUCUUAUAAAUUUGCGACAAAUCUUUCCAUUCAAUUAUAAAAAAUAUUAAUGAUGAUACCUCCAUUUUAACGAAAAAGACAAACCCAAAUUUGUCAUUAGAAUUAAGACUGGGAAUCAUGGAACAUUUUUUAUUUUACGUCAGUCAUUUUCUAAAAAUAGGAAUAAUUUGUAUUUUGCAAACGGUAUUCAAUCUAUUAAUAACAGAUAAACGGAUCUAAAAGAUUUAAUCUCUCUCUCGAUGGAUGUAUUUUACAUCGAAAGACAAGGAAAGCUGAUGAGUUAGACCAAGACUAUCGAGCGGUGGAGCAUCGCACUGAGAUCAGUGUCAUCUCACUCUCGUACACACGUUGUCACAAUGUUGCCGCUCGUCACAUGUUGUCAUCCUCGUUGUGAUUGUGCCAUGAAUGAGCGUCGCCAUUGACGAUGUCGACGAGGAAUUGCCUCUCGUUGAUCCCUUUGAACCCUGUGUUCGAGCCGUUCUCGACGCUUUCGCCCCGACGCUCCCUGACGAGGUCGAUCGGGUUAACACGCUUGACACGAAGAGCAGCGUGCGAAUUUCGGAAAAAAAGUGUGAUCGUGUCGAACUUAAUUAUCACGAUCACUGUCACAAGAUUUGAGAAAUUUUCGUUUCGAGAUUUUCGUGGAAAACCAUAGUUUUUUGAAAAUCACAAGGAGCGAAUCUACUGUUCCAGCGAGGUAGUUCGUAAAAAAUGUAAUUAUAUUAAUUAAAAAUGUAUUAUUUUAAAAUUACAUUUUUACAGUAAAUAAAAUUAAUGGUCUCAUGAUUGAAAAGGCUAUUCAAGUCGAUUCUUUUCGGAAAUCUUGGACGACUCUUUCUCAACAAGCCAUAUCUGCGAUACCCUAGAGUCCGCGGGAAUGGUGACAUUUUUUUAACAAGCCCCGACAAAUCCACGAUUUACACCGACCGGUCCUCGACAGCUCGCGUAUACGACAUUGCGUUUUUGUUUUUCUUGUUCUCUGAC